AUGGCGAUCAGCGACAGCCAAGACAUCGAAGCGGUCCGCAGUGAGUGGGAGACGUGCGAGGAUCUGUUGGCUCAAUCGCAAAAGGACAACGAAGAGAAGUACAAGAUCAUCGAGAGAUACAAACAGUACACCAAGGAGCUUGAGAAGCUCAUAGAGUGCUCAUGUGGCGCAGCAUGGAGGGAUGAUCAUGGCAUUCCUCCCUUCUCGACCGCAAUCCCGGCGACAUCCGCGUCCACACCACUACCCAAACCCCAGCCAAGUAUGCUCCGCCAUUCGACUUCAAUCACUCAGUCGACCAAGCGCUCGACACGGCUUGUGGGUCGUAUCGCUUCUCAACAGAUCGAUCCCCGCCACCUAGACAGCCUGCGUGAGGUAUCAGAGACACUCACGGACAGCACUCCCACGGAUGCGAUGAGAAGGUUACAAGGCAAGGAUACUCCUGCAAGGCCGGGCUCGCUCCUCGACAAGCAGAUUACAGCCCAGUCGACCCGCGAGCGCGAUGCCAUUCGGCUGCUCCUGGACGAGAUGGACCGGAACCUUGAUCGCAGGGAGAGCGCAAUCAGCAGACUCCGGCAGGAGGCAUUCACGGAAAGAUCAGCAGUCAGUGGCGAGCGUUAG